AUGGCUAUCCUCCCGCAGUUCGGCGCCGUGGCCACAGCAACUGCUCCCCCACCCACUCCUCCACUUCCAUCCGGAUCACUCCAGCCUUCCAAAACAGCCACGGCCCCCCAACCCCUCCUGCCCUCCCUGGCCCUCCUCCCCACUCCAGCCUUCCCUCCUCCCUCCCUCCCUGUCGUCCACCCGAUCCGCGCCUACUCGUCCCCCGACACCCCCGCCUCCACCGACGAUCGUCCGCCCCCGCCUCCUCCAUCCCACAUCCUCCAGCCCCUGUCCACCCAUCGAUCGCGCUCGGCUAAACUCCCCGCCACGUCUUCAUCCCACAAGGAAUGCACACACAACAUACGCGGCAAACAUGCCACAACACCCCCCGGCCCGGCCCUCUCCCCUCCCCUAUUGGUCUUCGUUGUCUCCCCUACCGAUCAUUGGCUGUCCGCGUCCGCGCCACGGUCCACUUGCCCCCGGCGAAUCCACGGCCGUCCAUUGUGCCCCGCGAAUUCGAGACGCCCCCAGCCCCAGCCCGCGCCUCGAGCCUCCUCGCACACGACGCCCGCGCGCACCCCGGCGUCCACGUACGUACGCCCCUCGACGCUCUUACGUCCACCCAGGUCUGCCCGCGCGACCACGCGUCCCGUCGCCACGUCGCCACGUCGCCACGCCCCCUCCAUCGACCUAGCUAAGGGCCAAACGCUGACGACCCCCCUGGCGCAUCGCGCGACGCACGUCGCGCGCGCGUGGGCCUAUGAGCAUGGGCCAGCGUGCGCUGCGCCAUCGGGAUCACCGGCCCCGUUCCCGACGAUCAGCGACGCAAAAUUAAGUGCCCCCCCUUACGCUUGGCCAGACUUCUCAACCUCUCCCCGCGCCCCUGACGAUGCGAUGCGGACCACACCCACAUUAGCCGUCGCCCUACACAAAAUGAAAAACGCUUAG